CGCCAGCAGGGCCCGCUGCGAGCAGGCACGAAAAUAACACACAUGGCGUCGGAGGCGGAGCGCAAGAAGGUUGCCCUGCGGCGCCUCGGCGACGCCACCUUCUCCAAGGUUGACAAGGUCUCCGCCGAGCUCUUCUCUCUCACCUAUGGCGCGGUGGUCACGCAGCUGCUCAAGGACUAUGAGGACGUGGCGGCAGCGAAUGUGCAGCUCGAAAAGAUGGGAUACAACAUGGGCGUGCGGAUGGUGGAUGAGCUUCUCGCUAAGGCGUCGCUGGCGCAGUGCGCCUCCUUUUCCGAGACGGCCGAAGUGGUGGCCAAGGUCGGCUUCAAGAUGUUCCUUGGCGUCAACGUGGAGGUUGCGGCUGCAACCUCGUCCGAGUUCCGGCUGCUGCUGAGCGAGAACCCGCUCGCCGAGUUCGUCGAGCUGCCAGAGGAGUGCUCCAAGCUCGAGUACUCCGGCCUGCUCUGCGGCGUGCUGCGCGGCGCGCUCGAGAUGGUUCAGAUGCGAGUCGAGUGCUCUCUGCUGCGAGACACGUUGUGGGGCGACGAGGUGACGGAGAUCCGAGUGCUGCUCAAGGAGCGACUCGUCGAGGAGUUUGUCGACGACGACGAGUAAGCGGAUGCUGCGGAUAUGCACGGUGCGUAUCCCUGUCGCGUGCGCGCAGGCCCGCACGGCGGCCGCGCGCGCCACAGGGCCGGAUAUAUUUAAAAAUCGGAUAUAUGUCUCUUGUGUCCUUUAUGGCUGUGGGAAGAUCAUGUAUUAUAAUGAGGGAAAACGAUCGGGUUGCGA